GAAUACCACUUUUGUGUAAAAUUAAUGGAAUUCCUCCUAAUAGACAUGUAAGCCUUUUCGAUUUGUUAUCCCUGAAUAAUACCUAAUAAUUUAUUGAACUUCUACAACGCUAAAAUAUGCCUACGUCAUGUGUUGCCAAAAGUCAAAAAAUUUGAAUUGUCACAACAAGAAAAGUUCUUUUAGAAUGUUUUAAAAACCCUCUGAUUGAAUUAUAGGAUGAAAACAUACUUGCCUUUUCGUGUUCACUUACACAUAAUUUUAAUCUCUUUUAAUAGAAUAUUCAUAUCUUAGAAACUUUAAGUAAAAUGUUUGUUAAGGAUCCCUGUGGUGUAGUUUGCAUUCUCAUAACUUACAUGGCUGUUUUCUAUGCUGAUUAUGUUAUUAUAAAAUGGGUCGUUCUUCAGACAAUGCUAGACAGCUUAUGGGGUACAUUUAACGUGGUUAUGUUUAAUACAAUAAUUUUCUUGUUAAUAAUAUCACAUAUCAAAGCAGUUGUGACUGACCCAGGUACUGUUCCCCUUCUGCAAAUGGAGGUAGAUUUUUCAAAUAUGGUUUCUUCAGAUUCUCGUUGUGAAUUUGUCAAUUGGACAGUAUGUUUAAGAUGUGAAACUUAUAGACCACCAAGGGCACACCACUGUAGAAUUUGUCAAAGGUGCAUUAGAAGGAUGGAUCAUCAUUGUCCAUGGAUUAACAAUUGUGUGGGAGAGAGAAAUCAAAAGUUUUUUAUUCAGUUUUUAGUGUAUGUAGGAGUUUUGUCAGUAUAUUCAGCUACUUUAGUGGCAGUAUCUUGGAUAAAAGAAUGUAAAGAAUGCAGUAAUGAUAUUCCUUUAAAAGAAACAAGGAUAUUGCACUCAAUAGUACUCCUACUAGAAAGUGCUUUAUUCGGGCUCUUCGUCGCAGCUAUACUCAUCGAUCAACUGCAGGCGAUUUUUACUGACGAAACUGCUGUGGAGCGAGUCCAAAAGCAGGAGCUUCCUAAGGAUUACAAACCAAAAAUGAUGUUGCUUAGUGAAGUUUGUGGUAAAGAACACCCGGUGUUCUGGUUGUUUCCCUGUUCCUCGGUGCCAAAGAAAAUCGACGCCUCACUCAUGGAUUAUCAAAUUUAAGGAGUUUUUGAUGUAUACCUAUAUAUUUGGAUUGUAUUGAGUGGGAUAAAAUGUCGGUUAUUUUAGAUAUUAGGAUUUAUUAUAAAGAAGUCUUGCUUAAGGAAUUUUAUAUUUUUUGCUGUUUUUUAUUUAUGUUCAAUAUGACCAAUAUUCAAUAUUUUCUAAAUGUAAGUAUGUACCUAUUAGGACAUCUUAUUUUGACUUGAUACAAUCCAAUUUAUAUCACUAAAUUAUUUUCAUACUCUUUUAUACAUUUUGUAUAUUUAGGCUUUUUGAUACCUGCUCUAAAAACUUUACUCAGGUAUUUCAUCACAUACAGGAAUUGUUUAAGACAUUUUAACGUUUAGACUGAUCAUAUUUAUUUCAAUGUCUUCAAAUUUGGACAGGUAUGUCAAAAGAAAGUUUUAAAGUGAUUUAAAAGGCUAAUACUAAAGGGUACCCAAAAUUUCCAACAAUUUGCUUGGGAGAACAUAAACGCAUUAUUUAGAUAAUUUUUUGAGUUUAAAAAAUAUAUUUCAUGACGAACUAGAGACCUAUUUCUUAAAUUAGUCUAAAUACUUUCAAAAGAAAGUUACUGAAUAAAUUAUGGCCAUUAUAGGAAGACAGCAGUUAGUGGAUAAGAUGCAAUUGUGAAUUGUAUUACUACUUUCAAGAACUACGUCACCCAAAUAAUCAUAUAAUUUAGUGAACCUCAGAAAAGUGAUGCACUCAUAAAAACGAUAGGGUUCAUAUUCUUCAGUCUUGCUUCCCCCUUUCUCAUGGGAAUUUGACAAUUUGUAUAAAAAAUAUUUAGACUCUAUAACCCCUAAAUCCUGCCCAUAUAAAAAUAUUUGGGUCCUUUACCUUUUAAGUGUGUCCAUGUAAAAAUAUUGGCCCCUUACCGAUUAAGCCUGAACAUCUAAAAAUAUCUGGUCCUUUUACUCCUUGCA